UUAAUGCCAUUUUCUCCCUUACCCAAUCAGGCAAUAGUGGAGUCAAUGGCUGAGCAGAAUCAUUCCACUGUGACAGAGUUCGUUCUCAUUGGCUUCACUGACCAUCCUAAUUUGGGAGUUAUUCUCUUCCUGAUAUUUCUCAGUUUCUAUCUCAUCACCCUGCUGGGCAACAUGGGCAUGGUCCUACUGAUUCGCUUGGAUUUCCAUCUUCACACCCCCAUGUACUUCUUCCUGAGCCACCUCUCCCUCUUGGAUGCCUGCUACUCUUCAAUCAUCAUCCCUCAGAUCUUGGUCACACUGAUUAUUGGCAGAACGAGUGUCUCCUAUAACUCUUGUGCUACUCAGUUCUUCUUUUUCACAGUCUGUGCUGGCACUGAGUGUUUCCUGUUAUCAGUGAUGGCCUAUGACCGUUAUGUUGCCAUUAGCAGUCCUCUCCUGUACUCAUCAGCCAUGACACUGGGCACCCGUUGGGGCUUGGUGGCAGGGGCCUAUGGUGGUGGUUUAUCAGGAGCUAUCCUUCGCACAGUCUGCACAUUCACACUUUCCUUCUGUGGGCCCAACCAGAUCAACUUCUUCUUCUGUGAUCUGCCACCCCUGCUGGAGCUUUCAUGCAGUGAUACCACCACUACCCAAAUUCUGAUUCUCUUCUUUGGGAACUUUGUGAUUUUGGCCAAUGCUGUAGUGAUCCUUGUAUCCUAUUUGUUCAUCAUCAGGGCCAUCCUGCAUAUCAAGUCAGUUGGAGGCAGAGCCAAGACCUUCUCCACUUGUGCCUCCCACCUCACAGCUGUGAUGCUCUUCUUUGGGACCCUCACAUUCAUGUAUAUGUGCAGUAACUCAAAUAAAUCUCUGGAAGAGGACAAGGUGGUGUCUGUCUUCUAUACAGUUGUCAUCCCCAUGCUGAACCCUUUUAUCUACAGCUUGAGGAACAAGGAGGUGAAAGCUGCCUUCAAAAAAGUCAUCAAUAGACUCCGGGUAACCCAGGAGAUGUAG